CAUAAGUCAACAAUGCUGAUAUUUAUUCUUUAAACCACUUUCCCUUUGCAUUCACUCUGCAUCUGACUCCUACUUUCCUUCAUUGUUGUUCGAGCAGCAGAAGGAGAAUGGCUGCAACAUCAGUGCCUUCUCACAUGAAAGCUUGGACUUACUCGGAGUAUGGCAAAUCCGGCGAAGUUCUCAAGUUUAACAGCAGCGUGGCUUUACCUCCGGUGAAGGAAGAUCAGGUCCUCAUCAAGGUCGCUGCUGCUUCCAUUAACCCCAUUGAUUACAAGAGAAUGGAAGGUCAUUUCAAGAACUCCGAUUCCCCUUUACCCACUGUUCCGGGAUUUGAUGUUGCUGGAGUGGUGGUCAAAGUGGGAAGUGAAGUGAAGAAAUUCAAGGUUGGCGAUGAAGUCUACGGUGAUAUCAAUUUGAAAGCUUUGGAAUAUCCGAAGGUGAUUGGUUCUUUGGCAGAAUACACUGCUGCAGAAGAGAGACUAUUGGCUCACAAGCCACAGAGUCUGAGCUUUUUUGAGGCUGCUAGCCUUCCUUUAACACUUGAGACAGCUUAUGAAGGCCUCGAACGAACUGGGUUCUCUGCAGGUAAAUCUAUCCUUGUGCUUGGAGGUGCUGGUGGAGUUGGAACCCAUGUUAUUCAGCUUGCAAAGCAUGUAUAUGGAGCAUCCAAGGUAGCAGCCACAGCUAGCACCAGAAAAUUGGAGUUAUUGAGCAAUUUGGGGGCUGACUUGCCAAUUGAUUAUACUAAAGAGAAUUUUGAAGACUUGUCUGAAAAGUUUGAUGUGGUGUAUGAUACAGUAGGGCAAACUGAACUGGCAUUCAAGGCCUUGAAAGAAGGAGGCAAAGUUGUGACCAUAGUACCACCUGGGUUUCCUCCAGCUAUAUUGUUCAUUCUCAGUACUGAUGGGGGUAUUUUAGAGAAACUAAACCCCUAUUUUGAGAGUGGUAAGUUGAAGCCAAUACUUGACCCCAAGAGCCCCUUUCCAUUUUCUCAGGCUGUUGAAGCCUUUGCCCAUCUGGAAACAAACAGGGCAACUGGAAAAGUUGUUAUCUAUCCCAUUCCAUGAACAUGAGCUUCUUUGUUAAAAUCUAUGGUGCUCUCUACGAUCCAAAGUUUGUGUUAUAACUGUGAGAAACAGUGAUAAUGUUCUCCAUAACUUGAAGCUACGUUGUUUCUUUGAAGACCAUGUGUUGUAGAAUAAGCAGAAUUAUGUCUUACAGGCAUUGGCGUGGAUGCAACUGAGCCUUCAACAUAGUGUGGCUUGUAAUUUCCUUUUGGGUACGUAUUGUGGUUUGCAGUUUUGGCUAAUGAAAUAAUCAAAUGGUUUUUAAUAUUUA